AUGCGCACAUGUCACGGUCCGAUCCUGGACAUCAGCGGCCCCGAGCUACGUGCUCAGUCCGGAGCUCUGGACCAUGAACACUGGACCAUCAACACUGGCCCAUCAAACUGGACCAUCAACACUGGACCAAUAACACUGGACCAACAACACUGGGCCAUAAAUACUGGACCAUCAACACUGAACCAUCAAGACUGGGCCAUCAACUCUGGACCAUCAACUCUGGACCAUCAACACUGGACCAUCAACACUGGACCAUCAACACUGGACCAUCAACUCUGGACCAGCAACACUGGACCAGCAACACUGGACCAUCAACUCCGGAUCAUCAACUCUUGA